AUGACGCUGCACGGCGAGGUGCCCGAGGCCACGCGCUUGGACCAGCUUCAAGUUGUCUACAUCGUGCACGAAGCGUACACGACGCUCGAAAAGAACGAAUCCGAAAACGUCGUCGCCAACAAACGCAAGGGCCUCGUCUCGGUGGGCGGCGCGAUGCGAGAACUGCGCAUCCUUUUCCCGUGGAAAACGGAAGCAGCGAUUGCAGCGCUUUGCAAAGCGCUGCUUUUCGAAGCCAAGGGCGUCCUCUACAUCCCGUACGCAGCGUUGCUCGAGCCCGACCGCCAUGGCAACCUCUCGUCGUUUUGCGAGUGCCUUCGACACCAACAUCUGGACGAAAUUGUACACUUGAAAAAAUCGCUCCUGACGGCGGUGCACGUGGCUGAGAAGCAAGCCGGACCCGACAGCAAGGGCAUGCUGAGCUUGGACACGCUGCGACACGUCAUCAAAUCGUGCGACCCGGAGAGAACGAUGGCGUCGACCAAUGCGAUAUUGGCCGAGUGCACCAGCAUCCCGCUGGAGCGGCUCGAGAACGAAGGCGCGACGCUCGUAAGUGGCGCCAGCGUCCGAGCCAAACUCGCAGGUAUCCUCGUCAAGCCGUCGGGGCGGCUGCCAGCCUCGGACCUGUGA